AUGUCUUCAUCUGAUACUGCUGCUCGUACUUCCUCCGAAAAUGCGGCCCCCCGUGCGGAGUUGGAUAUCACUAAGCUCCAUGCUCUCCCCUCCGAACAGCAGGACCUUUACCUUCUCACAUUCACGUCGGACCUAGUACAGUAUAUUUCGGGACUAGAAAAACCACAAGUUUCUGCACAGCAGAAAUUUUUGAAAAAGGAGUUGUUCAAAAUCCUCACCCUCUCCUCACCGACGAUCACGCGAGUUGUGCGCAACAACCUGGGACGAUGUUUCGGAGCUAUAUUCGGCAAAGGCGAUCGCGGGAUACUUUUCGAAACUGUGACCGAGCUACUUGGGCUAUUGAAUGCAGGCAAGCAUGAAGAGCUCAAGACUAAGUUUGCUGCGGCCCACAGUUUGGGUGAGGUAUUCGCUGUUGCCGGUGAAAGUGUCUUUGCUCAAGCGGGCAUUGUCAUCUCCAGCUUGCUCAAACUCCUCAAGAGCUCCAGCAACUACACUGGUCUUCGUGGAUCGAUUUUCGCUGUACUACGAAAGGUAGUUGUAGGUGUGGGGAUUCCUGUGGAUGAAGCGGCGGCGCGUGAUAUUUGGAAGCAAGCUCGCAAUGCAGCUGCUGGAGACAAAUCGGCAUUCGUCCAGGUACAUGCUUGUCGAUGCCUCGAACAAUUAGUGAACACAACGCCAUUCUUCGAUAAUACAAAUGAUUUUGAUCAUAUCAAGACAGUCACUUGGAAGGUCAUUGACAGUCCAGCUGCUCCUGUCAGACAUGCUGCUGCGGCUUGCCUGGCUCGAGCACUAGCAAAACUACAUGCUGCAGAUUCCAAGGUUGCCCCAAUGCCAAAGUCUAAGAAAGCAAAGAGACAAUCGAAAAAACCAGCACCCCGACCUGGAGAGGAUGAAGAAGAGGCGGAGGUUUCGGAGUCAUCGACUACCAAGAAGCCCGAGUCGCGCCUGUUCUUCCUUCUGCCAGAUCUCCUUCGCCAACUAUCCACUCAAUAUUUGCGGAGCACAACGUCUAAUCGUGCACGCGCAGGUAUCGCAGUCUGUUAUAAACAUGUUAUACGCAUAUUGGGCGACAAACUUGUCGAAGAGCGCUAUGGCGAGAUCGCAAACCACCUUCUUUUUGACCUUCUCAACCACCCAACUGUUACCUACAACCGAUUUCGACUUCUUAUGACGAGGAAAUUUAUCAGGAGUAUCUUAGAGGACACAGUUGGCCGGGAAUCGCUCCGUGAAACCAGCCAGCUCAAUGCUGCAAGAUGGUUGAUCAAUGAAGUCGUCAAGGAUUACCCUCAAGUUAUCCAAGAGCGUCGUGAGCCUAGCAAGUACUCAUUGACUAGUGCACUUAGUGCAUUAUCUUCACUAAUUUCGUCACUUGGCUCCGCUUUCGUGGAUCUAGCUGAACCUUGUCGUGAUGCCCUGCUCCAAGUACUCCCUCACCCCAGUUAUACUGUGCAGAUACAUGCUGCACACUGUCUGCGCAGCUUUGUGCUUGCUUGCCCUCAUCAAUUACUGUCAUGCGUUACAAUAUGUCUGAAUAGCCUGAAUAGAGAGGUCGGACAACUCUCUACACCCCGCCAAGCGCCGCGACGUUGUGUCGGUUAUGCAAAUGGAUUAUCAGCUAUGCUGAGCACCUCUAGACUGCAGCCGCUCUACGGCUCCGUUGAAGUGUACUCUCGAGUAUUUGCUCAAGCAACAGAUCUCCUGAAGACGAGCAGCAACUCUGAACUACGUGCCGCGAGUACACAAAUCCAGGUUGCUUGGAUUUUGAUUGGAGGAUUAAUGCCUCUUGGGCCUAGUUUCGUGAAAAUACACCUGUCACAGUUAAUGUUACUGUGGAAAAAUGCGCUUCCCAAGCAUCUAGGCAAAGAGAACUUCGCCCAGCGUGGAAACUUAGAAAUGAGCUUCCUUGCCCAUGUUAGAGAAUCUGCAUUAGGGUCGUUGUUAGUGUUUUUAGAAUUCAACAACAAGCUGAUCACAGCAGACGGUGCGAGAAGAAUAGCCACUAUGUUACAGAAUACUGUUGGCUUUCUUGAUGACUUGCCCCGGCAGAAGUCUAUGAUGGAUAUUUCGCAGCGUCUUCAUCCUUCGUUGCAACUGCAUGACAUUGCUACCAUGGUCCAGCGGCGUGUGUUGCAGUGCUUCUCCAAACUAAUUCAUGUGCAUCCUCUCAGUCAUGGAGAUGUUAUCUCCCAGACCAGUCUGUUGAGUUUGGCGAUUUCGUCUUUUGCAGAACCAGAGUCCACCCAGUUCGGUCCUCUCGAAAGCUCAAUUGCUGGAACAACGGCACAGUUUGAGAACUUGUGGGAUUUAUGUGACAAUUUUGCGUUUGGGUUAACGGGGCUGGCGAGGGAAUAUGUUCGUGUGACGCUCUCCGGAAAGCAAGAGAAUGAUAAUGGACCUGCUUGGUCCGCAGUGGAUUCAGCAGAUCAGGCUAUUGACGAUGCUUUAACUUUUCCGAUCUGCCAAGCGAGUGAGCAUGACUCUGUCCUUCUAUACGCGUCAAGAAACGGCGGCUGUCUACUAGCUGAUCCGCAUUCUACUGGCGUUGUCAACGCUGCAAUUGAACUUUUCUCUGUUGCUGUACCGUUGCAUGCACCCAAAGUCCAAGAGAGUAGCGUAGAGCAGAUUGCAACCUUUCUUUCUUCUUCGGGCCUCCAACGCAAUCCCGGACGCAAAGCUGCCAUGGUUGUUAACAUUGCCGUGGCGCUGCUCGAAGCCUUGAAAGUAACGCUUAAAGAUUCUACUCCUACAACCGGAAAGCUUAACCCCACAACCGACAAGAUAUUGCAGGAGCUGUUGCAGAAAUUUGUAACCGAUGCCGAUCCGGUUGUUCGAACAAUUGGUGUGGAAGCUCUCGGAAGGCUAUGUGAGAGUUCUGGGAACACUUUCACUACUUCGCAGAUCAAUUGGCUUGUCGACACCAUAGUAGACAACAGGGAGCCCAACACUCGUGCUGGCUGUGCUGCUGCUUUAGGUUGCAUUCAUUCUCAGGUAGGCGGAAUGGCAGCUGGAUUGCACCUCAAGACUAUUGUAGGUGUCCUCAUGUCGUUGUGCAACGACCCCCACCCCGUGGUUCAUUUCUGGGCACUUGGGGGGUUGGAAAGAGUGGCUAACUCUGCGGGCUUGACAUUUUCACCAUUUGUAUCAAGUUCACUGGGUAUGCUUGCUCAAGUCUAUUACGCGGAUACCCACAACGAAGAGUCCGCCACCCUUGCAACCUCUAACAUCGAAUUGUCGUAUCUUACCCCGGUAGUCAUAAGUCGCUGCGUGGAUUCCUUGAUCAACGUUCUAGGCCCAGAUCUCCAGGACAUUGCCAAAACACGCAAUCUUAUACUCACUCUUCUCCGACAGUUCCAGCUGGAGGAUAAUCCUGCUCUAGUGACUGAGAGCUCCAAAUGCCUGGAUCAUUUAUCACUUUACGCACCCGGAUACGUGGAUUACUCGGGAUACGUGAAACGUCUACAAACUGAACUUUCUGCUGAUACCCCAUUGAUGAGGGACGUGGCGAUUCGGGGAUUGAGUAACCUUAUGAAGCGGGACUCUGCGUCGGUUCUUAAAGCUGCACCAGCACUUGAAGAGGAGAUCUGGCUUGCAUUCGACGAUAUGCCAGACAAUUCGAUCCUAAAAAGCUUGAUUCAAGAUUGGUUGCAGCAGACUGCUCUCGAAGAGACUGACCUGUGGGUACAGCGCUUCCACAACACAUUGUCAAAGACCCGUGGCAAGGUGGAAGAGCCACCUCCUACUACGCCUGCUGUUAAAUCCGCUGUCAAUGACAUACCCGACGAUGAGGUAGCUGGCUUUGCCUCCGCCAUUGCCGGAGCUGGGCAGUCGGGCAACGUAAACGAGGCUGUCCCUGGGCAAGAACUGCUAAAGUGGCAAACCCGCAACUUUGUCCUCGGCUGCUUAAGCGAGUUGUUGGCAACGGUAGAGCAAGAAAUUUUACCUGAUCAGACAAUUCCUGCUGAGUUGGCCCUGCAGCAGAGAGUGGGAGAUAUUGUGAGGAUGGCGUUCUCAGCGUCUACUGCAAACGUGAUAGAACUGCGAGUUUGGGGUCUUAAGAUCCUCGAUCAAGUUCUCAGGAUGUUUGGCAAGACCCCAGAUCCCGACUUUGCAGAAGCAUCCCUUCUGGAGCAAUAUCAGGCGCAGAUUGGCUCCGCGCUUACGCCAGCAUUUGCAGCAGAUUCUUCUCCGGAGUUAGCAUCGGGAGCUAUCAAUGUCUCGGCCACCUUCAUCGCAACAGGAAUCGUAACAAAUGUAGACCGGAUGGGCAGGAUAUUAAAGUUAUUAGUGUUAGGCCUUGAGAACUUCUCCAAAAAUCCAGACACUACUGAGAUUGGAGACUUGAAGGGACUCAAUUCAAAUGCGAGGGUUAUGGUGAAAAUGGCUCUGUACUCUGCUUGGGCUCGGCUCCAAAUAGCAAGUAUCGAGCAAGAUUAUUUGAAUGAGGUAGUCCAGCCUCAUCUCACCAAGCUCACGCCGCUGUGGCUCUCUUCCCUUCAGGAAUAUGCUCGCCUACGGUUCGAACCAGACAUUUCUGGUAGCUUAGGAACAGGUCCACUAAGCAGCGAUUUGGACGAAGUGUAUGCUGCAUUGAACCGGGAGACUCUUCUCAAGUUCUAUCAAGACACCUGGCUGAGCCUAGUUGACGCCAUCGCUGGCUUAGUAGAAAAAGACAUCGACUUUGUGUUUGACGCGUUGGACGGAAAGUCGAAGCCAAAAGAGGAAGAGCAACCCGUGGAGAAAUCGCAGAACGACGAGAACCCGCCUAAUGAAGAAUCCAAGGAAAAAGGACAUGAUAUCAAUUAUCGCGACGAACCUGUUGCAUUUUUCUUCGUUCUAUUCGGUUUAGCCUUCGAAGCCCUUGUUGACCAAUCUACUACUACACCAUCCCAGAGACUAGAUAUUCUUCUGGCUCUCAAGCGUAUCCUUAGGCCAGUAAUAUCCGGGAACGCCAUUUAUCAAGAUGCUAUAUUCUCCGAGACAAUGGAUUCCCUUGACCGUCUCGCGUUGACCGAGGGAACACCCAUCCAAAAUGUUAUUGUUGAAAUAGCGCGAAACCUCUCCCUGGACCACCCCUCCGCGAAGGGUACUGAGGGACGAGGUGACCAUCUGUCCGAUGAUAUUGAGCAGCUCUUCGAGCUGACCAGAAGUAUCAUCCUUGUUCUUGCGGGGCUGCUACCGAACCUUCGUGAAUCCGUGCCCAUCGCGCGGUUCAACGUGGGAUCGGAUGAUGCUCUGUCGCUCAUCCGCCUCGCAUUAUCCUCUCUGGUGAAAGUUGCAUCCAUUUUCCCGUCUAUUAUUCGCCAUGAUCUUAAUGCAUGCAUCCUGCACAUAUUUACCACUAUCCUAGCCACCGGUUUAUGCCAGUCGGAAGUCGUGCCGCAAGCGCUUCCGAUCUUCAAACACUUUGUUCAAAGUAUAAGCCAUCCUGGCGAUGUUGGCCCAGAACAGACGCACAAUCUUCAUGUGGUGUCGCGCCAAAUGCGCGGCUGCCUCACGCGCUUCCUCACCACGCUAACAAUUGCUCAGCGUCGGGAAUCUGAGUCUUCCUUGCCUUGCGCUAAGAACACCCUUUUGGCAAUUACCAUCCUUUUAACUACAGGAGGCCACGUCCUCCCCCCUCAUGACCCCACCAUCAUCCGUGUCCUCAAUGAGUUUUUGGACUGCCUCCAGGAUGUUGGCCUCGCCAAUGUUGCUGCAGGCUGUCUCCGCUCAAUCCUCCUCACCUCGUCGAGCUCGCCCACGGACGAAGUAAUCGCUAGAUACUUACUUCCCCGCCUAAUCAGCUUCCUGGUGGGCUGCCCCAUGGAAAAUGGCGACAUACCUAAUGACCCGGAGAACUCAAGGACUGUCGUUGCACGCACUUUAGUUUCUUACGUUUGCAACGCCCGCGAUAUAACCACGGCCCUUGCCAUCGUCAUGUCGACUCUCCUCACACGCGGCAAGAGAGAAGGGGAAGCCGUGUACAAAGAAACAGCCAUCCACUUCUUGGAACUCGCUAAGACAAAUCAAACUGCAUUCCGGGUUCUUGUGGCCACGAUGAACCCGGAACAGAAGGCUCUCCUCGAGAACAUUCUUCGCAGUGUCAAUGUUGACUCCGGCGCCAAUAAGAAUACCAGGGAUAGUGUGCAGGCUGAACAAAGCAUGCCGAGUAUUGCAUUGAGAUUUGAUUUCUAGAGCUCUAGAAUCAACUCUCUUGUUGUUCUUUCCCCUCUACUUUUUUCUAUAUAUAUUCUCCUUCCCCACCCCACCUUUCUAUUUUAAAUCAUCUUUCUUUCAUUUUCUAUUCAUGUCCUUGAUAUGUUGACUCUUAACGAAUUGUUAUUUUAAUGCAUGUAUAAAUAGGUUACAAAACCUAUAACAGUAAAAAGACCUUUGUUAAAGGUCCUGGAGACAUUUGCACCAGCACAGAGUGUUAUAGUUGUA